GAACACACCCGCCAGACUUCAAAUGCAACCCUGCAGUUAUUUGUCUUCUUUCAUGUUCUUUCAUUUCACUUACAUAUGUAUUUCCAAAUUUGAAUUUGUCAUUUACUGUUUGUACGCCAGUCUUACCGGCACAAGAAUACAAAGUUGAAAUAAACGAACAACAUUUCAACGGUGACAACGUCAACGUUCAUUAAAUAUAAAUUGGUGGUGUUCAUUUCUUUUGUAAGUGCCAGCAGGAGCUUUGUGGCGUGCAUAACAAUUUUAUUUCAACUUUCGCUGUUUCUUUCUGACGCCUGCGUUAUUUCAAAUUUAACGUUUUUCCGAAACAAUGGAAACACGAAGUCAAACGAAAGCCGAAAAGGCAUCAUCAAGAUCGUCGACGCCGCAGUCGACAGAAUCUGAUGAAAUCGACAUGGAUGGAACUGUAGUUGCAUCCACGGAACUUGAGAAGUCUUUACAAAAAAUGGUUCUGGACUUGACCGAACGCAUCAAGAUCCUGGAAUCAAGACCGAUACCGACCUUGCAAUCAUCUACGUCGAGCAAUUCUGAGUUUGCAAUUGCAACGUCGACGUACACAACAAAUUCCUCAAGUGAUAAUUUGCCUUCACAAAUCGCUCAAAUGCCAAAGAGCACACCGUUUUCUACGUGUAAUUCAUUGCAAUCUGGUGCAACUGUNACGAAGUCAAACGAAAGCCGAAAAGGCAUCAUCAAGAUCGUCGACGCCGCAGUCGACAGAAUCUGA